AAUGGCAGAUUUGUGGAAUCCCGUGUGAGCAUGCAUAUGGUGUCAUCCUCCACAAGAAGCUUGAACCAGAGAACUUUGUAUGUCAAUGGUUUAGGACAGCAAUGUGGAAGAAGAAUUACACGGAUGGCCUCUUUCCACAAAGGGGUCCUAAGUUCUGGCCCGAGAGUAAUCAUCCGAGAGUGUAUGUAUCUGAGCCACCAGAAGGAGAAGAAGACAAGAAGAUGACAAAGGCUGAGAAGAAAAGGAAAAAGGGUGUGAAUGAGUCUCCUACUAAGAAGCAGCCAAAGGCUAAGAAAAGAAUCAUGCAUUGUAGAGUUUGUGGGGCAGCUGAUCAUAAUUCAAGACACCAUAAUAAAGACAAGGCUUCAAUUUCUUCUUCGCAGCCAUCUCAGCCUGAACCAAGUCAAGGCUCACUCACUCAAGCUUGAUCUAGUAGUCAUAGCUUAGAAGAACUAGGGUAGAAGACAUAGGGUACUUAUAUUGUGGUUGUCUCUGAUGUAAUUUUCGACCACAGUGACUUAUUUGUAUCCUUAACUUCUUUAUUUUGAAUCUUUCGGUUGAUUGUUGGCUUAUUUGUAUCCUUCUUCUUUAUUUUGAAUGGAAUGUUUAAAUUUGGAUAUUGCUUUCUUCCUGAUUUCUCUAAUAAGAACAUGCAUUGUCAUUAACUUAAACACAUAAACGUACAAACACAAAUCCCACAAAGCUAGAACAAACAUACAUUCACCAAACGUACCAAGAUCACAACUCCAAACCUAACACAUUCAUCCUACAAGUUUAGAGAAUCCGAUCAUGAUCAUUCACCCUAACACUACGACAAUCAUCAUCUUCUUAUUGCUUCUUUUCGCUUCAGACAAAGCUUCUUCUACUUUCUCAUUCAACUCCUUCUCCAUGUUCAUUUCAACCUUCUCGGAAACCAUCUUCUCAAACUCCAACCUCUCUCUUCUAAGCUCUUUCAGCUCCUUCUCAAUUUCACCAUGCUUUGCUGUCAAUGUAUCUAUCUCAUUGAUCAAAGCUUCAUCAACCCAUUUAAAAACGUGAUCAUCGUUCCUUAGCUUCAUCAACACAUGAACAAUGAUCUUUUUCAAGAUUACAUGAAUCUAAAACAUGAAAACAUAGAAAUUAGAUGAAAUAGAGGAUUGAAAUUACCCUAUUUUUUGCAGCAAAACCACAACGAAAGUAUCUCCGGUAAGGAUUCAGAUCAGAUUUUGAAAUGAGUGCCACGAUUCCUUCCCCGCACCAGCAUCUUGUUGGCACUCCGACCACUCUUCCUCUUCCACGUGGUCCCGUUGAUCCCGUCGAACUGGAUGAUAGGUUGCUCAUCCUAAACUGGAAAUCGGGUUUUCAAUUCGAAAAUUGAGAGUUCGAAAAUUAGGGUUCUUAAUUUUGAAUUUGGGGAUUUUGCUUUUUGGGAAGAACACGACAAUGAGUCGGGUUUUUUAAUAAGAAUCGGUUUUUUUUUUGGUUAAGUUACAACCGAAACAUGGUUCCGUCUCGGGUUUACGCAGUAAACAGCCGAAAUCAGGAUUCAUGGACAUUAAGAUCUCAAACUUUCAAUUGGUGGGGAAAUACCCAUUUAACUUAUGUUGCAUGGGUAUAUA